UUUACGAGCACUUACUAUUGGGGAUAGGAGGGACUGAAUAAGAGAAGCCUCUUCUUCGACCAGAAAAACACUGGGGACACGGAACUAUUUCUUCCGCUGCGAUGGUUCCGCCCUGUUUCAAUCUUUCACAUUUUACAUGAUCAGGUCAGUGCGACUGGGCAGAUUAACUCAUGUCCAGUCCUGCUGGAAAGGAUCAAGGCAACUAACAGGGUGGAUUCCUAAUGUUGAGAAGCCCACCAGACAAACACCUAUCAAUCAGGACCUCAGCAGAUGCCUUUCACCCAGAAUCAAUGCUUGUGCCAGAUACUGUGACCUCUCUUCUCAGAAGUACUCCCUGAUUUACUCCCUACCACAUAUCAGGAUCUUAAGGGUGGUUUCAAGGCUCAAACUGUUGCAAACUGGAAUCACAAUCACCAUCCUGCCCCCUGUGUACUACCUCUACCUCCAGGGAGAUGUGUCCUCCUACAAGGUCUGCUAUGCAACAGGGAUAGCAGUGUUUGCUGCUGUGAUGCUGUAUACAAUCAGUAAUAUUCUUAGAAAAGUUGUAGGGAUGAUGUACCUGGAUUCAUCACAGACUACACUCAAAGUGUCUCACCUGACGUUCUGGGGCAAGCGCCAGGAUAUUUACCUCCCUGUGUCAGAUAUAAUGACCAUCGGGGACACGGGGAACUCUGGCAAUGAGAGAAUAUUGAAGCUAAGAAGAUACAGCAGUCCACAUACCCUGUAUUUUUCCCCCUAUUAUGGACGUGUGCGGGAUCAAGAUGGAUUUGAGAAGGUCUUUGGAAAGUUUUAAUAAUGUUAAUGUUGUUCUUUUAUGGUUGAACUUUACUGAUCCCACACUGGGACCAAUAUUUCUGCCUGGUCUUGGAAUCCAGUAAGUGGAUGUAUUUAAGAUGGUAUUCUGAAUAAACUUCCUUCACCUAAAGAGAGUCUCCCUCGUGCUGUAUUUGGGUCCUGCCUUCUUCCUAACAUCUCAGGACGUAACACCUAGAUGAAGUUUUUAAGACAAAUAAACACCAAAACAUUACACCAAAUAUUAAUUUGAUUGGUAUUUAUUGUCUGUUCACUCAGACAUUUUGUCAAUAAAUAAAUAAAAAGAUAAGAACUG